CGCCGAGUGCUCAAAGUCGAAGCUAGCUCUACUCUGUCCACUCAGUGAGUGUGAGAUGGCGCUUUCUUCUUCUCAUGCUUCGUCCUACUUCCCUGCUCAGUUCCGGACUCCUUACCCUCCUCCUUCGGCUCGGCCUCCCCUCAUGUCGCCCUUUUCGCUUCCAUCGAAUCCCGCACCCGACGCCAUCGCCAUCUCGCUCCCCGCGCACCAGCUUUUUGCCGGCGCUCGUGCUGCUUCGUUCGCGUCGAGAAGAGGGGUUUCCUCCUUCUCGGGGCUCGUGACGAAAGGCGAGGACGUCCGGAGGUUGAAGGAGGAGCUGCUCGACGCCAUCGCUCCCCUCGAUCGCGGCACCGACGCCACUCCCGAUGACCAACUACGCGUUGAUCAGAUUGCACGUAAACUUGAGGCAGUUAACACAGUGAAGGAGCCUCUCCAAUCUGAAAUGCUUAAUGGUAAAUGGGAGCUCAUCUAUACAACAUCCAAAUCAGUUUUGCAGACCGAGAGACCGAAGUUCUUAAGGCCAAAUGGCAAAAUCUACCAGGCAAUCAAUGUCGAUACUUUGAGGGCUCAAAACAUGGAAACUUGGCCUUUCUUUAAUCAGGUGACAGCUAAUUUGGUGCCUCUAAAUGCAAGAAGAGUUGCUGUUAAAUUCGACUUUUUCAGAAUUGCAGGUUUGAUACCUCUAAGAAACCCAGGAAGUGGCCGUGGUCAGUUGGAGAUAACUUACUUAGAUGAAGAGUUAAGAAUAUCAAGGGGUGACAAGGGGAAUUUGUUCAUCUUGAAAAUGGUGGAUCCAUCCUACAGAGUUCCCCUCUGAAUUUGAUGUAGUUGUACACAAGAAUAUAUGUUGCAUCAGACAUUCAUAUACUACAACAGAACCACGACCCUAAGAGGAAAUGCCCCCUCCAUUUUCAUGAAUUUGGGGCAUGAUGCCGGUCGAGCAUCGGGCUGAAUCCUCCGUGCAAGACUUGGUGAUGAGGCAUUGCGAUAUUUUGAUAUUAGACACUGCACGGUGUACGGAGGUUCCUCGUAUUCUGAGCAAUAUAAGGGGAUUCUAGGGGAUAUGCUGCUUAGUUUCAAUUGAAAGAAUUGUCCUAUCGUAACCUCUUGGAUUGGACUUUUUAUGUGUAAAAGGUAAUCUCUCGAGGUGAGAUGAGCGGAUGUGUUUAUAACACCGAUCAUUUAUGUGAUUUGAUAAAGGGCGGUGAUUUUGGUUCUCU